AGAUUUUGCUGUUAUGAGUAUAAUUCCACUUGAUGGAAAAGAGAAGGAAGAGAACGAUUGGGACAAUGAAAGUAUCUGCUCGACAGAAACGGUAGAGGUGGCCAAUUGCUCGCAAAGGUUACGAGGAUUCUUUAUACGUUUAUUCGUCUCCUUACUUGUCAUCGGAGCAUGCGCCGGAGCGCUGAUCUGGUCAUUCGUCAAUGGCGAAGCUGGAAUCAACACGGACAUACAUCAACGCAAUGCUUCCGUUAACUUUUCCAUUUUUGUCGAUGAAUACUCACUACAAGAGGGACUUUACACAGUCACGUUCCGAACACCGGAUUCGAAAAACGGCGGUCUGCAGACACCAAAAGUUUAUCCUUCCUUUUGGUAUCAAGACAAUACCAACUCAAGACUGGUGCAUCAGGUGGAUGUAGACACUGUAAUAUACGCCUACAAGGAUUACUCGUUUUGGGUGGAAUAUCAAAUGGGAAAUGUUUCAAGCUGUGCUUUCGACGUAUCCACAAACUACACCAGCUACAUCAACCAGCUAGGACUGACGCGACUACAAAGGCAACAUUCAGCAAUUGAGCGAACUCAUCACCACAAAGAAGUCUUUAUUUAUGAUGGCGAUCCAGACAGUGUGGCCUUGCAAGGAUCUGACCAAACCGCUUUCCUCCUCACAGCUUAUGCAGAUGCCGAAACUGGUGCACUAUUGGGAUGGGACACUUUCUUCACGUCGUCCUCUUCAAACGAUAUUUACCAACUAUCCUACUGGUAUGAUAGCAUGCUGCCUUCGUCUCCUGAUCCUACCUGGUUCGAUCCACCGUCACAAUGCCAGCCAUCUGCGAUUCGAUCCAAUAGAGUACCAAAAUGA